AUGACGGACCCCUCCUCCUCCUCUUCCCUCUCCGCGACCACGUCGGCACCCGCGCAGCAGCAGCAGGAGCGCCGACGACAGACGACAUCGCCAACCGAGGCGCGCUUCCUCCGCUGGUUCCGCACCUCGGGCGGCACUCUGGAUGCGCGGUGCCGCAUCCAGCCCAUCGAGGGCAUGGGCAGGGGCAUGGUCGCCCUCGAGCCCAUCCCUGCCAACACGACCAUUUUCACCAUCCCGCGCCACGUCCUCCUCAACCUCAACACCUCGGCUCUCUCGGCCGCCAUCGCCGCCUCGCCCGACGAAGCCGCAAAGGCGACGUGGGCAGAGAUCCAGAAGAAGGGUUGGCUGCCGCUUAUCCUCGCCAUGCUCUGGGAGAGGCGCCGUGCUUCCCUCGAGUCGAUAGGGGCGACUACGACGGCAGCGGCGGCCAUCUCGGCAAAUGGGGCCGACGCAGACGUUUCCAUGGACGAUGUCGACGCGCCGCCUAGACCGGACCGCGACAGUGUCGCCGCUCUGAGAAGCCAAGACGAAAACGCCGCCGCCGCCGACGACGACGACGACGACGAGGGCGUCGAGGACCCCUCGAACCCGUACGCCACCAGCCCGCGCCCACCGGGCCAGCAGCGGUGGGGGCCCUACUUUGACAUCAUGCCGUCGCGCUUCUCGACGCCCAUGUUCUGGCCUGCGUCGGAUCUGGCCCACCUCGAGGGCACCUCGAUUGUCGACAAAAUCGCGCGCGACCAGGCAGAGGCCGACUACCACUCGCACCUGCUGCCCUUUGUCCGCGCCCACCCGCUCCUCUUUGGCCCGCCCAACGACGUCGAGACGUGGUACGACCUCGACAGCUACCACGUCAUGGGCAGCCGUAUCCUCAGCCGCAGCUUCCACGUCAAGAGCAGAAAGAGGGGCAGGGAGGGCGAGGCCGUCGACAUGGACGAACGCCCCGACGACGGCGACGACCAGGACGACGACGGCGACGAGGAAGUGGGCGAGGUCAUGGAUGACGAGCAGGAGGGCCACGAGGAAGGCCCAGAUGGCGAUGACGGCGCCAAUGACAACGACGACGAGCAGGCAGGCGACGAGACCAGGGACACGCACGACGACGACGACGGCGACGGCUCCGACAACGACUCCGACAGCUCCGACGACGACGACGAAGACGAGGCCGAGCAGGUGUCCGACAUUAGCAUGACGCCAAUGGCCGACAUGCUCAACGCGCGCUUCGCGUCGGACAAUGCCCGGCUCUUCUACAAGUCGCACCUGCUGUGCAUGCGCACGACGCGCGACGUCGAGGCGGGCGCGCAGAUCUUCAACACGUACGCCGACCCGCCCAACAGCGACCUGCUGCGGCGGUACGGCCACGUCGACGAGCCCAACGGCAACGACGUCGUCGAGCUGCACUCGGACCUCGUCGUGCGCGCCGCCGUCGAGGUCGUCGCCGCGCGCACCGGCACCCGCUCCGAGCGCGCCGCCGUCGAGCGCGACCUGGCCGAGCGCAGGGCGCCGACGGCCAAGCAGCUCAAGGCCGCCGCGACGGGCGGGGGCAUUGACGAGGAGCUCGUCGCGCUGGCGCGCAUCCUGGCCAUGCCGCGCGAGGCGUUCGACAAGGCCAAGGCCAAGGGCAAAGGCCCGAGCGCGCGCAUCGAGUCGGUCGAGGUGCACGCCGCGUCCGCGUCCGCGUCCGGGCCCAAGAAGGAGGUGAGGGUCGAGACGUCCCAGAUCCUGAUUGACGCCAUCGCCCUGCGUCUGGCGACGCUGCCGGGCGGGGCAGACGUGAAAGCCGACGAGUUGCUCCUCUACCCCGGCACCGGCGGCGCGGCGGCGAGGGAGCUGGGCGAGAAUGAGAGAAAGGCGCUCGUGGUGCGGCUGGGCGAGAAGCGGGUGCUGCUGGACCAGAAGCGGACGAUUGAGUAUGUCCUGGAUCGGAUCAAGGCCGAUGCGCGCGACCGGGAAAAGGAGAAGAGGGAGGCGGCCAAGCGCAAGGGCGCCGGCGACAAGGACAAGGGCGGCAAGAAGGCACGGCGGUGA